UCAACGAAAACUCAAACUGAAGCAACGACGAACAGUGAACCGUAUCUUUCUUAUUUCUUCUACAUUACUCCUCUGUCCUCUCCCUCUCUUUAUUGUGAAAAAAAAAACUUCAGAGAGGGGAACGAGCAACCUUGAAUACGACGACGCACUCAAACCAUGUCUUACGAUUAUCUUUUUAAGUACAUAAUCAUCGGUGACACUGGUGUAGGAAAGUCAUGUUUGCUUUUGCAGUUUACAGACAAGAGAUUCCAACCAGUUCAUGAUCUAACCAUCGGUGUUGAAUUUGGUGCUCGGAUGGUCACCAUAGAUGGCAGGCCCAUCAAGCUUCAGAUUUGGGACACUGCUGGGCAAGAAUCCUUCAGGUCCAUCACCAGAUCUUACUAUAGAGGAGCAGCAGGAGCUCUUCUGGUCUACGAUAUAACCAGGAGAGAAACAUUUAAUCAUCUAGCAAGUUGGUUGGAGGAUGCACGACAACAUGCAAAUCCUAACAUGACAAUCAUGCUCAUUGGGAACAAAAGUGAUCUUUCUCACAGGAGGGCUGUUAGCAAAGAAGAGGGCGAACAGUUUGCUAAGGAAAACGGGCUUUUGUUCUUGGAAGCAUCUGCUAGAACAGCUCAAAAUGUUGAGGAGGCCUUCAUAAAGACUGCUGCUAAAAUCCUUCAGAACAUUCAGGAAGGAGUCUUCGAUGUAUCCAAUGAGUCCUCAGGCAUCAAGAUCGGGUAUGGUCGCGCCCAAGGUCCUUCUGGUGCAAGAGAUGGAGCAGUUGCUCAGAGCGGUGGCUGUUGUGGUUAAUAUAAAUGCAAACUAUCUCUUGAACCCUGUACUUUGUAUUUGAUAAUUGUGUCCAAUUUACUUUCAUCAGGUUGCUUUGAUGAAUAUAUCCCUUAAGUUGUUGAAUUUAGUAAGAAAACCCAAUGUACAGUGUUAAAAUGUUGUUUCUUUUAUCCUUUCAUUUUAGUUUAAUGUGUAAUUUGCACUGUAACAUAAAUGUUUGAUGUUUGCCAACAAUGUUCAUGGCUAAGAAAUGUCAGUGGAAUAUAUUCUUCAGUA